AAGAGGGGACAGUGGUUCUUUCCAUUUCAAUCCCUAUUAAUGCACUGAAAAAGAAUGAAGGAGAAACAGUCAACAUGGCGGCGGCGGCCGCAGCAGCACCCAGGGCCUUGGGUAUCUUGCAGGCCGGCCGCGCUCGCUUGGUGGCCGCUUGCUGUGCGCGGCUCGGCCCUGGGUGGAGGCUGUCCGGCUCCUGGACGGUCCCGCGGGUCGACCCGGCGACCUGGGCUGGGGGCUGGACACCCACGGCCGGGGGUGCGGCCUGGCGGAGGGGCUACAGCUCUGAGGUGAAGACGGAGGACGAGCUGCGGAUGCGGUAUCUGGAGGAGGAGAACCGAGGCACUGUGGUGCUUGGAAUAAACAGAGCUUAUGCCAAAAAUUCAUUGAGUACAAAUCUUAUAAAAAUGCUUUCAAAAGCUGUGGAUGCUUUAAAAUCUGAUAAGAAAGUACGGACCAUCAUAGUAAGAAGUGAAGUCCCAGGGAUAUUCUGUGCUGGUGCUGACCUUAAGGAAAGAGUCAAAAUGAAUUCCAGUGAAGUUGGUCCUUUUGUUUCCAAAAUAAGAGCAGUGAUUAAUGAAAUCGCUAAUCUUCCAGUGCCAACCACUGCAGCAAUAGAUGGACUCGCUUUAGGUGGUGGACUUCAACUGGCUUUAGCAUGUGAUAUAAGUGUAGCAGCUUCUUCUGCAAAAAUGGGCCUGGUUGAAACAAAGUUGGCGAUUAUUCCUGGUGGAGGGGGCACGCAGCGACUGCCACAUGCCAUUGGGAUGUCCCUGGCCAAAGAGCUCAUCUUCUCUGCACGUGUGCUCGAUGGCCAAGCAGCCAAAGCAGUGGGCUUGAUCAGCCAUGUUCUGGAACAGAACCAGGAGGGGGAUGCUGCCUAUAGAAAGGCCUUGGACCUAGCAAGAGAGUUUUUACCUCAGGGACCUGUUGCAAUGAGAGUGGCAAAAUUAGGAAUUAAGCAAGGGAUGGAGGUCGAUUUAGUAACAGGAUUAGCCAUAGAAGAAGCUUGUUAUGCUCAGACUAUUCCAACGAAAGACAGACUUGAAGGUCUUCUUGCUUUUAAAGAGAAAAGGACCCCUCGUUAUAAAGGAGAGUAGAAGAAAGAGAAAUCUUUAAAACGCCAGUGUAAUAAAUAUACUUCUGGAAGUAUCUUUCAGAUUCACAUAUGCCUCAGCAUCUGGAAUCCCAGCGACCAAAGUGAAGAGCGAGUUAUCCAUAUACUGAAUUAAGUAUCUGGAGUGGACCCCUAUGUGUACUUGUUCAAAUGUGUAUCGUCAUUUUCAUUCAGAUUUAUAAAGCUAAUAAUGUAUACUGUCAAAAACGCCAAUUCAAAAUUAGGUAUACAUUUUUAAAUACCUCCUGCAUACGAGGCUUUCUGUUCUUAAAUUUUUUAAUGUGAAUAAUUUAUAUAUUGCACACGCUAGUAAAAAAUAUUGAUUGUAUGUCUCCUGUGCUACAGUAUGAAAAUAAAAUUAUUUCCAUGUACCAAAAAAAAAAGAA